AUGGCUCCUCACCGCGGGGCAGUCCUCGGGCUGCUACUCGCGCAACUCUUCGCUUUGCUGCUUUCCGUGGGCGCGCAGCAGGUAGAGUACAGCGUGUCAUACUUCGAUAACUUACCUGCGAGACUGUUCUUCUUCGAAGACACGACGACUGCUAUCUACCAUGACGCUAUGGCAGGAACCGUGUAUGUGUCCCAAGACGAGGGCAAGUCCUGGAACAAGGCGGAGGGGAUACCGAGCGGAAAGGCCUCGAUGGUUAUUGAGCACCCAUUCGACAACAGAUUCGCCUUCAUACUCACUAGGGGCAUAUCACAUUACAUGACCUCAGACCGCGGCAAGACCUGGCGCUCCUUCGAGAUGGAAAUACCUCCAGCACUUGUUGGGAAACCUCUCUCCUUCCAUUCGGACCCCGCAAAGUAUGGCUACAUUCUCUAUCAAGGCACCCGUUGUGAAUCUAGUGGCGGAUGGGGAUCCAUUUGUUACGACGAGACAUGGUAUACCAAAGACGCAUUCAGUGACGAACCACAGCAAUUGUUGUCCGAUACGUCGCGGUGUCAAUUCGCGCAUAGCAGCAAGGACUUCAAGCACGACGCCCACCAAGACUUGAUCUACUGUGUGGCGUUCGACUCGACCUCCAACACUGGCGUACACGCGCUUUCUUCCAGUCGUCUGUUCUCGUCCACCGACUUCUUUGACGAUGAUAUGAGGGUGGAGGACCUCGGCAUCGGCAAGAACGCAAAGGGGGUCGUCGCUCUUGCUAUUGUGUCUAAGUUCGCUGUAGUUGCGAUGCGAGACUUGGCGCCAGGCAAUAGUGGUGAAAUGUUGUUGUACGUGUCCGUAGACACCAAGAACUGGGCAAAGGCGCGCUUCCCGCACGCGUCAUCGGCACGCCUACGGGAGAACAGCUACACAAUUGUCGAGUCGACGACGCACUCACUCGCGGUGGAUGUCAUGCUACAAGACCAGACGACGAUUGGCACGCUGUUCGUGAGCAACUCGAAUGGCACAUUCUUCGUCGAAGCCUUGAAGGACACAAAUCGAAACGAGCUAGGCUACGUCGACUACGAGAAUCUGUAUGGCAUCGAGGGCGUGGGUCUUGCCAACAUCGUCGACAAUGCAAAGGAAGUCGAAGGUAGGCGGGAAGUAAAACAGCUGCGAACACGCAUCACGUUUGACGAUGGCCGGACAUGGUCGCGUUUGCGCCCGCCGGCACACGACAGCGAAGGAGCACGUGUUGCGUGUAACCCAAGCGACGAAGACUGCUCGCUGCACCUGCACUCCGUGACGGUGCCGCAUAACUUUGGACGCGUGUUCUCGUCGCCCGCACCGGGGCUCGUGAUGGGCGUGGGUUCGAUUGGAGAGUACUUGCACCCGUAUGAGGAGUGCGACACAUUCUUAAGCACGGACGCUGGGCGCACGUGGAGCAUGGUGCGCAUGGACGCCCACAAGUAUGAGUUUGGCGAUCAAGGGAGCAUCAUCGUGGCCGCAAACGAUGAGGAAGUCACUGAUAGUGUCAGUUACUCGACGGACUUUGGCAAGACAUGGAAAACAUUCAACUUCGAAACGAAAAUGCGCGUCCGCAUCCUGACGACUGUCUCGGACUCCACAUCGCAGAAAUUCAUGAUCGUCGGGGCUGUCUCGAAACGCGAGCCAGGAUCUAACCAGGGGCGCUAUGCUGUCCUCUUCCUCGACUUUGCAAACACCCGCACGCGGAAGUGCGGAGAGAAUGAUUUCGAACGAUGGAAUGCUCGCUCGGCGACACAUGAGUGUCUCAUGGGACAUAAGCAAUGGUACAAACGGCGCAAGCCCGAAGCCGACUGUUACGUUGGAGAGAAGUUCCUCGACCCUGUAGAGCAUGAAGAGAACUGCCCAUGCACGGACGAGGACUACGAAUGCGAUUACAACUUCAUCCGGCAGGGUGACCAGUGCGUGCCCGCGGGUCCUGAGCCUAUUGCCCCCGGCGUGUGUCCACCUGAUGAGCCAGAUAAGACGUACAAAGGCUCAUCUGGGUUCCGACUCAUUCCUGGGAAUACUUGCGACAAAUCGCGUGGUAAGGUGAAGGACGCGCCUGUUGACAAGCCUUGCUCCAAUGCUCAACCCGCAGAGGGCGAAAUCAUUCAUCAAACUUUCGAGUUCCAAUCCCCUGUUUUGCAAUUCGCAUACUUCAAGGAGUCUACACAGACGAUAUUGGUCCGCCUCGCCGAUGGUACAAUCUGGCAAUCCAGUAACGAGGGUUACACCUGGCAUCAAGUGGUUCCCGGAGAGCGCUUUGUCGUGUUCUAUCACCACACGUAUAGCACUGAUCGCGCGUAUCUCAUCACUAACUCGAAGAACUACUGGUACACAACUGACACUGGCAAGACGUGGAAUUCGAUGCCCGGUCCGCUACCUCCAAACAACUUCGGCUUGCCGAUCUUGCACUUCCACCCGGCUAAAUCAGACUGGCUAAUCUGGAGCGGCAGCGAGGGGUGCAGCGGAUUCGGUGAAAACUGCCACGUCGAGGCGUGGUACACGCGUGAUAAUGGGCGCAACUGGGUGUUCAUCGAGAAAUACGUCCGCAACUGCGCGUGGGCGCGAGACUCCGAGCUGAAGGUAGACCCGGCUCAAAUUAUCUGCGAGGUAUAUGGGAACCAGGAAGGCAACCAGCGUUUCUUCGCGAUGGACAACCCGCUGCAAUUGAUUGGUGGGACGGACUACUUUUCCAAGAAGACAAAGCUAUUCAACCAUGUUGUUGGUUUUGCAAAGUUCAACGAGUUCCUAAUUGUGGCUGAAUACCAGCCGCAAAGACAAGCGCUUGACCUACAGGUGUCGCUUGAUGGGAGGACGUUCGCGUCUGGGAUGUUCCCUUCGGAUGUGCGACCAGACCAACAUGCAUAUACUAUCCUAGAAUCUACGACGAACGCGGUUUUCCUUCAUGUUACGACACAUGAAGGCCCAGGUAGCUAUUGGGGAACCAUAUUGAAGUCAAAUUCGAAUGGAACCUACUACGGCGUUUCUGUCGAGAACGUGAAUAGAAAUGAUCUGGGCUUCGUCGACUUCGAGAAGAUGAUUGGCUUGGAUGGCAUUGCCCUAAUCAAUGUUGUAUCGAAUCCUCACGAAGCGUCCAUUAGCGGGCGCAAAGAAAUUCAAAGCCGAAUCACUCAUAACGACGGUGGUACAUGGAAGCGGAUGACUCCUCCAGCAAAAGACUCUCAGGGGAACUCCUAUGAAUGCAAUACUGUCAGUUGCGCGUUGCAUAUCCACGGUUAUACCGAACGGUAUGACGCAAGAGCCACUUACAGUACACCAUCAGUCCCUGGGCUUUUGAUGGCUGUAGGGAACGUCGGGGAAUCGCUCGCGGAGUACUCUGAGAGCGAUACAUUCCUCAGUCGCGACGCUGGCUUCACGUGGGAGGAAAUCCACAAGGAUGCUCAUCUCUGGGAAUUUGGAGAUUCUGGCUCAAUCUUGAUCAUUGCCAACGAUGAACAGCCGACAGACCAUGUCCUCUUCAGCACAGACGAAGGUCUUAACUGGCGCGAGUACCAAUUUACAGAUGAGAAGAUGCGCAUCAAGGAGAUUGUCACUGUACCAUCGGACACAAGCAGGCGGUUCAUCCUCAUGGGCUUCUACCCUCGUUCGCCAGCUGUACAUGUCGCAGUACAUAUCGACUUCUCAGCGUUGACAAGCCGCCAGUGUGUCCUCAAUAUCGAGGAUCCUGGCCAUGAUGACUUCGAGUUGUGGAGCCCAAGUGAGGAACGGAAUGAACUCUGUCUCUUUGGCCGUCAGGUACUCUACCAUCGCCGAGUGCGUGACAGAGAUUGCAUUGUUGGGAACCAACCGAAGGCGCAAGCGACUGUCGUUCACAAUUGCCAAUGUUCUGACGCAGACUUUGAAUGCGAGUUCAACUACCGAAGGAAUGAGGAAGGAGUUUGUGUCCUGGAGCCGGGCCGAGAGCCGAUACCGGAUGAUAAUUCAUGCCGAAAUGACGAGGAUUACUGGUACGAACGAACACCCUACCGCAAGAUCCGGCACUCCAGCUGUGAAGGUGGAACACGUCUUGACCGGGGAGCGCCACAUGCCUGCCCUGGCUUGAAGAGCCAUGGUGCCUUCUUCUGGCUAUUCAUGUUGAUGAUUCCAUGUGCGUUUGCAGGCCUCAUCGGCUGGUGGUACUACCGGAAAUAUGGCCAUGGCGCAGGCAAUAUACGCCUACCAGGUGGCGAUAUCAACUACCGCGGUGGCUCGGGCGCCCUCGACACACUCGCGUCCAUACCAUGGUAUCUCAUGGGCCUCGCGAGUGUUGUAUGGGAGGCAAUCGCGUCACGAUUCAGCGGGGUCACCUCGGGUAUGCACACGCGCGGCGGGUAUCGGACUAUACCAGUAGACGAGGACGCUCAAAUCCUACGAUUCGAGGAUGAAGAGUAA